AUGCAAUCCAUCAAAUGUGUAGUUGUUGGUGAUGGUGCCGUUGGUAAAACAUGUCUAUUGAUAUCUUAUACUACAAAUGCCUUUCCAGGCGAAUAUAUUCCAACUGUAUUUGAUAAUUAUUCUGCAAAUGUCAUGGUAGAUGGAAAACCUAUUAAUUUAGGUUUAUGGGAUACAGCAGGUCAAGAAGAUUAUGAUCGUCUUCGUCCGCUUUCAUAUCCUCAAACUAAUGUUUUCUUAUGUUGCUUUUCUCUCAUUAGUCCUCCAUCAUUUGAAAAUGUUAAAACAAAGUGGUAUCCCGAGAUCAGUCAUCAUGCACCAAACAUACCCAUCAUUCUUGUUGGUACUAAACUUGAUUUACGUGAGGAUCAAGAUACAAUAGAAAGACUUCGUGAAAAGAGAAUGGCACCCAUCACCUAUGCUCAAGGUUUACAAAUGGCAAAAGAUAUUAAUGCAGUUAAAUAUCUUGAAUGUUCAGCACUUACUCAAAAAGGUCUUAAAAAUGUAUUUGAUGAAGCUAUUAGAGCUGUUUUAUCACCUCCUGUUCAACCAAAAAGAAAGAAGGGCUGUCGUAUUCUUUAACUUUAUUUUAUUAUUACCACAACAUAUUACUAUAUGCUUUUUUUUUUCUUUUUUUUUUUACUGUCUAUAUAUAUACAUAAC